AGUUAAUUGUGAACAAUUUAGUUACACUUGAUCAUCAUCAUCAUUAAAAUAAUUUCUUUGUUGUUUUCCUAACAAUCAUUAAAUUUAGUUCAUUGUAAUAAUAUUCAAGUCAAAUUAAGAACAACAAUUAAGUUAAUCAUUAAUCAAAAUCUAAACACAAAGUUACUUAAUGAGCUAAUAAAUUGAAAAGUAACUGAAUUAACAUUUACAUUGAUCAUCAGCAACACAAUUAACAAGAUUUAAUCGUUAUACUGAUUAUCUGUUGAAAUUUAUACAAUUAAUUACUCUCUCUCUCUCUCUUUAAUCCUGUGAUACUUUCAUUACAACCAUCAACAAUUAAGUUACAAUCAAUCUCGUGUAGUCUCAUCAUCAUUAUCACGAUGAAACUUUUUUACCAAUGAAAAAUUGUAAUUAUGAUUAAUUGAUUGAUAAAAUUACCUUUUUUUUUGCCAAAAAGUUGUGAAUCAGUUUAAAGUUAAUUGUAAUGGAUAGACGAGGAGUGGCCCAAGUGUCAAUUGAUGUUAUAUCAGUGGGGAUUUUAGUUGUUCUUGACCAAGCACUUGAUUAUUUGGAACCAGUUAAACGAGGAUUCUGGUGUUCAGAUGAGACAAUUAAAUAUCCUCGACAAUCAGAGACAGUUCCGUAUAAAGAACUGGUCGAAAUCGCCAUGGUAGCACCGGUCGUUUUCCUAAUUAUAUCGGAAAUAAUUUACUUUCAAGUGUCCAAGCGAAAUAAACUCUUCUUGACCAGUCAAGAAUUCUGGUACAAUUUAAUUACUGUCCUGUCUACUUGGGCUUGUACCUUUUGGAUUAAUUCAGUAAUCACAAAGUUCAUUAAGGUUCGAGUCGGUCGAUUACGACCCGUUUUCCUUGAUUAUUGUAACCCGACGAUUGAUUGUGACGAUGCGGCCUGGAAAGAUCAGUAUGUCACCAAUUUUACUUGUCGUGUUGGUCAUUCCGUUGAAAAUUUUGUUCGAACCUCUUUCCCUUCUGGUCAUUCAUCUGAAUCAAUGGUGUCCAUGGUUUUCUUGAUCAUCUAUUUAUGGAAACGUUACCGUCACAAUUCAACUCGAUAUUUUGUCGCUUUGGUUCAAAUUGUCGUUCUUUUUGUCGGACUGUUCGUUGCUCUAUCUCGAAUCUAUGAUAAUAUUCACCAUUGGUCUGAUGUUCUUGCGGGAAUCGCCAUUGGUACCAUUGUGGCCUUGGUUGUCUCUCUGGCACCCAAGCGACUUGACAGAUUACAAGAUGAUUCGGAUGAGGUUAAAAUCGCGGCCACUUCUCAGGCCACAUUUAGAUCGUCAAUUGCCUGAAAGGAAAAGUUCAAAACAAUCAAACUAAAUUGUGAUACAAUUGUUUAUACCUAAAUUUAAACCAUUAAAAGUGAUCAGGAAAAUGUAAGGUCUACAAUUUGUGAAGCAAAAUAAUUUAAUUGCUGUCAUAUUUGUAACUGUAGCUUCACAAUUAAAUUAAGUAUUGUUGUUGAUGAUUAUAAAUCCAUUCGUAGUUAAAUCACAAUCAAUGAAUUAACCAAACAAUUUUCACUCUUCUUAUUUCCGAUUGAUUGAUAAAUUAGCAUUUACACUCACAAUCAAAACUAAACUGUUAAUUGUUUUGUACGUUUAACAAGUUAAUUAAAUUGCUAUUUAUUGCAUCA